AUGGCUCUUCAUGUUCUUUUUCUUUGCCUAGACCAUGACAAAAUGUUUAAGAUGAGUGAAAAGAUCUUACUCCUGUGUGUUGGGGAGGCUGGAGACACUGUACAGUUUGCAGAAUACAUCCAGAAAAACGUUCAGCUCUACAAAAUGAGAAAUGGUUAUGAAUUGUCUCCUACUGCAGCUGCAAACUUUACACGACGAAACCUAGCUGACUAUCUUCGGAGUCGAACCCCUUACCAUGUCAACCUUCUCCUGGCUGGCUACGAUGACCACGACGGUCCUGCCCUUUAUUACAUGGAUUACCUUGCGGCUCUGGCUAAAGCUCCUUUUGCAGCACAUGGAUAUGGUGCAUUCCUUACCCUCAGCAUCCUUGACCGCUAUUACAAGCCAAGUAUCACACGUGAGGAAGCUGUGGAGCUCCUAAAAAAAUGUCUAGAGGAGCUUCAGAAACGCUUCAUCCUAAAUCUGACUUCUUUCAAUGCCCGGUUCAUUGACAAAGAUGGCAUCCAUGAAGUGGACAAUAUACCCCUUCCAAAAGUGAUGUCCUAACCUCUGAGAUCUUUCUUCGGCAGUCGUCUCUUUUAUUCACUUUUGGUUUUUUCUAUUCAUUUGUAGCACACAAGUCGUGUACUGCACUGGGAGGUCAAAUAAAGAUUGACAUUUAUAUAGCCAGUU